CAAGAAGGGACAAAAACAUCGAUGCAUCGAUGGUAACAUCGAUGUUCUUCCACCUCUAUUGUUUUGGCAAUAUCUUUGUUUACGCAAAAUCCCCAUGUUAAAAUGCCAAAACAAUGAAUUCUCCGCUUUACACAAACACGAGUAGCUAUGUGGAGAGCGCUCGGGUGUAUUUGAAGCAGGACGCCACAUCCACAAUUGUGAUAAAGUGCUGCCUUUGCAGUGCCGACGCAUUCAUCAGGGCCGGGUGGGAUGUGUUUUUGAAUCAUUUAAGAUGCCGGCACAAGGAUGCCAGCAAGCUGGACUGCGAUGAGAGUGAAAUACAUGAUGAAAUAGAACUAGAGUUGUCAGAUGCUGAAGAUAAUAGCACAUCGGAAUCUCAGGGUGUAGGCAACGAAGAGGAGCAGAGAGAGGUCUUUACGAACGUUGAGUUUCUGGAUGACGAUACCUCGGACGACAAUGAUUUGAGCCGCGAAUCAGAGGCAGAAGAGGAAAAUGAAAACAGCAAAGAUAACUACGUCCUGAACACGCCGCAGAAGCCCUUCUACAACUUGCUCCGUACGAGUCCGGAGAUAAUGCUCCAUUUCAACGGGCUGUUCAGAAAGGAGCGCCUGGAGAGUGCUCAACGGGUUUCGGAUGCUAUGGCUAAGCGCUUCUGUUUCUCGCUGUUGCCGCAGGUAGUUUGCACGAGCUCUCGAUCUCUUAAGGCCUGGUUCGAGCGCCAGUAUGCCAGUAAAGUGCGUUCCAAGAGCUGGCACUGCCGCUAUCCCGCCUACUACGACAGACUAAUUCAGUUUAUGCCCACAGCCCACGUAGAAGUAAAUGUUUGCGAUGAAUGCAAGCGGAGCUUCCUCAACGAAUACCAACUAGAGGUCCACAAGUACAGAGUACACUGCGGCCAGAAUCCCAACGUCUGUAGUGAGUGCAAAAAAGGGUUCCCAUGCGCCCCCAAACUGAUGGAGCAUCGGGCCCGCUACCACUUUAAGCGUGUGGAGUGGCAGUGCAAGCUGUGCUCGUAUAAUGCUGGCUCAAAAUGGGAUUAACAACAGCACCUGAACGUGCACUCCGGCCAGCGGAACUACACAUUUGAAAUGUGCGGUCAAUCGUACAAGAGCACCACUGCCCUCGCAGUUCAUCGGCGAACCCAUUCACAGCCACAACUGGCCUGUCUCCACUGUCAGAAGCACUUUCGAGAGAACUGUACCCUCAAAAAUCAUAUAAAGAGAGUUCACAAACGCGAAAAUUCUCGAAACUACGCUUGCCGCGUGUGCUGGAGGAGAUUUCAAACCGUUGAGGUAUUGAGAUUGCACGAACGAGUUCACGUAAAUGUGCAGCAGAAGGGACUGUCUGAGACAGAUGCUGAUGACCCGGCUGGCUCAGAGAUUGAGUAAUUUUUGGUUCAUUAAACUUAUUGAAAGUAAACUUUUACUUGA